AUGGCAUUUGUCUGGUGGUGGUAUGGACGAAUAAUGAGACGACACCCUGGACAGCUGUUACUAUCUACUUUAUACCGUGGGACUCUCUCUCUCUCCUUCCUCUCCAGUAACGCCAUCGUUUCUAGACAAGGAAAGAGGGAUUUUGAAGAUCGCCGAUCUUGGACUCAGCUGUGCCUUCACUGUACCUCGCAAGAGUUACACACACGAGAUUGUUACUCUGGUACAGAGCACUGGAAGUUCUGCUCGGUUCAACUCAUUACUCUACCGACGUCGAUAUGUGGUCCAUCGGAUGUCUUUUCGUCACUCUCAUACUUCGAAGCUGUGAAGCAACUGGAACUAGAUUCUAUUCAUAGUUUCCAGAGGACUAAAGAUAUGAUGACAGAAGCUAUGUUUUCUCUCAACACUAUGACAGAGGAUGGCAACAUCAAGGAGAAUGGUUCCAGCAGCAAAGUAUUCACGUUGGACAUGCUGGAAGAAAGCCACUCGGAGGCUUCAUUUGGUCAUCAAGAUUAUCAAGAAGCAGCUGUUGUAACCUCUCAUAACUUCACAGAGGUUGAAGAAAGUACAAUGGGUUAG